AUGGCAUCCAAAUCGCCCACAACGCUCUUGAUCUUCGGCGCGGGCAUCAUGGGACUAGGCUAUGCCGUCAUGAAGCUGACCACACCGACAGCGGAUCAAUUCUACGAUAGGCUAGCGCCCGAUCUCAAGCGGAAAGUCGACGAACAGCGCGCGUUGGCGGCGGCCGAGAAUGCGAGGAAGUCUACGCUCGACAAGAUCAAACAAUCUGCCAAUGAAGAGAAGCCAAUAUGGGCUCAAGAUCCUCCGGGCGGGCGGUCGCAUUAG